AUGGAACUUGACGCUCAGCAGGAAAAUGAGAAGGCCAACGGCUCUACAUCGUCGAUCACACGAGCCUCGAAUUCCUGGACCAACCCCCGAAAGCGACCCCACAGCUAUGACCCAGCAGCACAGCUGGAGACUACGAUUGAUGAGGAUAUCCUACGGCAUGCUGGCAAGGCCCGUGACCUGCAUUCACCAAAGCGGAUGCGGGCAGAAGAGUGGCCUCUCAAGAACUCGGAUGAUGCAGCUGAGUCUGACAAUUCCUUACGGCCGGCACACCGAAAAUUGCCCUCGUCCUGUCAAAAACGGAAUAGUAUGUCGAGCAUACGACCGUCAAGGUUUGUGGAAGGCAGCAUGAACGACAAAGUUAGUCAGCGGCCUCCGAGUCUCUACAUCCGUGAAGAAGAGGCAAUGGAACAUUAUGCAGGUGCGGACAUGGAAGAUGUGGAUAUGGACUACGAUGCGGCAAUCGAAUCGAACAAGCCCUCGGGUAUGUUCCGAUUUGGCAAAGCCAUCGCUAAUGCUUUCAACUCUUCCAAUGUCUGGCAAGGCUUCAACGGCAUUUGGAAGGAGAAAGAAAAGGAGAAUCGAGCGAAGCCAGAGAAGGACUCCCUGAAGGCUAAAGCAGAGCUGAAAUAUGCCGAGUUGAAGAAGAGCGGCUACAAGGGCACUCAGAAUGCUCCAGCUCGGCCAGCGACUCAGGAGGUCCCAGCAAUUAAAUAUGAGGAUACCGAUGACUUUCGACGGAGUUCCUUUCGUGACUCUGGCGUAGACGUCGACGGAUAUCGCCCGUCACUUGAUCGAAAGGACAGCGAUCAGUUCAUUGUCUCUAUUGAAAACCUCAUGCCUCCUCCAGCUGUAACGGCAGGUCGUCGUUCUGCAAGUCCUUUCUCCGAUGCUAGUUCUGGACGCCGAUCAUCUAUUCGUUUUCACAAACCCUCGUUGGAGGGUCUGAAGAGAGUCAAGUCCCAGAUUCAUCUACCGUCCAUCAAAAAAUACGCUGAGGAUGUCCCAUCUGUGCCAUCAAUUGAGACAGCUGAUGUAGCAGGGCGGGGGCUACGCAGCGAAGCGUCAAAGAAGGACAUCGCAAAUCAAUACAAGCUCAGUAAGAAAGUGAGCGACCUCGAAAACAAGCUUGAGAUCGCUCGUCGACAAUUGGAGCUGUCAAUUCAAGAGGCCCCAGCCAUUCCGGAUCUUCCCGCGCCAAUUGGACGAAAACGAUUUGUGCCAGGAGCUCUUGCCUCUCUACCUUCUGAACGAUUGCUGACGCCGCAAACCCGUAGAAAUGAUAGUGCCGCGAAUCGAGGCAAUGGAAAAGCCGCUAACUCUGUCGAUGUAUACAGUGCUACUACAAGCACAAGCGACAAAGGCGAAGAAAAGGGAAAGCAGAAUCCCAAGGCCCCGAAUGAGAGUGCGGAGGCCGCGAAACAAGCGCUGUGGAACAAGAGGGCCAGUGACAUUGCGGCACGAAAUGCAGCAGCACGUCAGUCUAAGGCCUUGGGGGCCGACACCGAGAUCGAUGACGUUCUGGAGUCCGAGGCAGCGAAAGGUUCUUCCUCGAAGAAAAAAGGCGGAAGACCUAGGAAAUCCCAGGAAAUCAAAAUUUCCGGCAUUCACGAUCCCUCUGCGGUACACAACCGCCCGCCCAAGGUCUAUGCAAGCACUCCCCGCAAUUCGCCGAUGACAAACAAGGAUGAAGUGCCACCUGUCCCUGCGAAGGGCACAGUCUUCGAUCCAACAAGCGUCAAUCAAGCCGGAAUCAUGGCCAUGCGUGCCAUUCCUGAUAGCCACGCUCCGUUCGGGAAAGCCUGGGACGACAUGAAGAACCUUCAAAAGGAGUAUCCCGAGGCCACGGAAGUCGAAUUGAUGGCAUAUAUGAGCAGCCAGACCGUAUCGAAAAAGGUCACAGAUGUUACUUCAGUCUCGCAUGGAGAUCGUCCAUCGUCACCAUUCCUUGGUCGUCCUGGUUCCGUCUCACCCAUGAAGACCCGAGCCCGAGCGUCAAAGCGUGGUAUUUCUCCUCCACCGCCAAGUCUAUCUUCUGCGAAAAAGUUCCAUAGAGACCUUAUUAUGGAGAAAUUACCUAUUCCUGCCAGUCAAACAUCGCCUCACGCGGAUGAAGAAGCGGAUCCUUCUGCUGCGAAGCCCCCCAUAGAUACGAUUUCGGAAGUCCCAGAAGCUGCACGAGCGAGUGUGAAUAAGCCUUUACCUGACAUUAAGACCAACGAAUUUGAGUGGGACGAUGACGUCUUUUGA